UGAUUCCCGACAAGUAGGAAUCUGUUAAACCUUAAAAACCCUAGUUGCUACCACGUCUCUACGACUACUGUACUGCGUGACCUAAUUCUUCUAAACGUAUGAUGGGGUUAUUCAAGUGCUUGUUUCUGUUUCUCAUCAUCAUUUUCUUCAACCAGUGCAAUACCAGUACUUCCCGCGAGCAGUCAUCUUAUUGUCAUGAUGAGGAGCGCUCCGCCUUGCUAAAAUUCAAGCACAGCUUUACCAUCAGAUGCUCAUUGGCUUCGGGUUUAGAGGGCGCUUAUCCGAAAGUGUUGUCAUGGACAUCAGCUCAAGGUGGAAACAACACCAACUGCUGCAGAUGGGAUGGGAUCGAGUGUGACGAACAGACGGGUCGUGUGAUCGGGCUUGAUCUCAGAAGCAGUUGUCUCUACGGUUCUAUUAACUCCAACAGCUCCCUCUUCAGUCUUGUUCAUCUUCAGAGGCUGGACCUUGCCGAUAAUCACUUCAAUUACUCUCAAAUUCCCACUAGAAUUAGGAAUUUUCCAAGGCUUACCCAUCUUGACCUCUCUGCUUCUGUGUUUUCUGGUCAUGUCCCAGCUGAAGUUUCACAGCUGGUCAAGUUGUCACUCCUAAAUCUUUCUUCCAAUACUGAACCUUCUUCUGGUGCAGAAUUGUUGAAACUUGAGGAAUCUGAUUUCAGAAAUCUUGUUCAAAAUUUAACCAGACUAGAACAUCUUCGUCUCGGUUACAUCAACAUAUCUUCAACGAUACCCUAUACCAUGGCCAAUUUAUCAUUUUUGACAACCCUCGACUUACACAAGUGCGAGUUGUUUGGAGACUUCCCGGUAACAAUUUUUCACUUACAAAACUUGAGAAGUCUCUAUGUCAGAGACAACCAAGAUCUCAUCGGUUAUUUGCCCGAGUUUAAUCAAAGUAGCCUUCUCAUAACACUUGAUAUUCAUGGAACUAGAUUUUCAGGGAACUUCCCUUCUUCCAUAGGAAAGUUUGAUUCUUUGACGCAGUUGGACGUGGCUGCAUGCAAUUUUUCAGAAGGCUGGGUUCCAGCUUCAAUAGGUAAUCUUAGACAACUCGUUUAUCUAGACAUAUCAGCAAACAAAUUCGUAGGACCGAUUCCUAAUUCCUUUGCAAACCUUACCCUAUUGACUGUCUUUAGGAUUAGUACAAGUCCAUUAACUACUGGAGCGGUCCCAUCUUGGAUAGGUAACUUCAACAAAUUAGUUUACCUAGAUUUUUCAUAUAGUGGAUUUAAUGGUUCAAUUCUUGCAUCAUUUUCCAAUCUCACGGACCUUGAGAUUCUUGAGCUCCAGUACAAUGACCUGAGAGGUACAAUUGAGUUUCAAACAUUUCAAAAUCUUCAAAAUCUCUACCAACUCGAUCUUAGUGCUAAUAAUCUGAAUUUUCUCACUGACUCAGUGGUUAUGAAUGCAACGGUUCCACAGUUCCAGGUUCUAGGAUUGGCUAGAUGCAACUUAAAACAGUUUCCAUAUUUUAUAAAAUAUCAAAAGAACUUGCAGAAUUUGUACCUUGAUCAAAACAAAAUUCAUGGCCAAGUACCGAAAUGGAUGUGGAACAUGAGCACCGAAAGCUUAAAAUACUUCAACCUUGGCACUAACCUUCUUUCAGGCUUUGAGCAACUUCCGAAUGUCCUUCCUUGGGUUAACUUGCGCUUUUUAUGUCUUUCGUCCAACAAUUUCCUUGGGCGACUCCCAAUACCGGCAUCAUCCACCUUAGGCUAUGAAGCUGAGGAUAACAGCUUUUCUAGAGAAGUUCCACAUGGAAUCUGUAAUAUGAGUUCUCUUCUGGCCCUUGAUUUAUCUAACAACAACCUCGGUGGCAUGAUUCCACAGUGUUUCGGUAACUUUAGCGACCAUCUGAUACUUUUGCUACUAAGAAAUAACUCGUUUCAUGGAAAUCUUCCCCACACAUACAGCAACAAAAGCAACUUAAGGAUGCUUGAUGUGAGUCAAAAUCAAUUGCAAGGGCAACUACCGAAGUCAUUGGCUAAUUGCCAGAUGCUGGAGACUUUGAUCCUCUCAAAUAAUAACUUCAGUGAUGUUUUCCCGUUUUGGUUGUGGAAUCUUCCAGAGUUGAAACUUUUGGCAAUGCGGCAUAAUGAAUUCCAUGGGGUGAUAGGAAAACCUGAAAACAAUCAGCGGUUCCCGAAGUUGCGUCUUUUGGACAUGUCGUACAACAGUUUCACCGGUCAGUUUCUAGCUGAGUACAUCUUCUCUAAGUAUGCCAUGAGACCAAAUAUGACGGUGAGCCAGACAACAUACCUAGAAGCUGAUGUGACCUACGAAGCUGCUAAUGGUGUCAUCACCCUUUCAUAUGGUUCCACAAUUACAAUAACCAGCAAAGGUGUUGACAGAUACUAUUCAAAGAUUCAAGAAGCCUUUGCGGUCAUUGAUAUCUCAAGCAACAAAUUCGAAGGAACGAUUGACGAAUGGAUUGGGAAUCUAAAGGGGCUUCGCUCGCUGAAUGUUUCUAACAACCUUCUUACCGGUGAGAUCCCAUUAUCUUUGGGGAAGUUAGCUCAACUUGAAUCACUAGACCUUUCAAAUAACAAGCUCUCAGGAGAGAUCCCCCAACAACUGGCGCAACUGACAUUCCUUGCAGAGUUCAAUGUCUCCCACAACAAUCUCACAGGUCGAAUACCGAGUGGAACACAACUGCGGGGGUUUAAUGUCACUUCUUAUGAGGGAAACACUGAGCUGUGUGGAGAUCCAUUGCCGAAGAAAUGUGGGGACUCCAAUACGCCGGUUCAGGUGCCACCUUCUGGAAAAGAAGAAAACGGUUCAGGGUUUGAAAUUACAUUUGAUUGGUUUUUUGUGGUGGCCGGAUAUGGAAGUGGUUUGGUGAUAGGAGUUGUACUUGCGGACAUAGCAAUAUCAAGGAGACAUGGGAUGUUUCUUGACACUGUUGGAACUUUGAUCAGACUAAUAAAAGGCAUCACAAGCUAG